UUUAUAUAGCAUAUGUUCUUUGCAUAGUUUCUGAGAAACAUUUAGUUUCUUGGAAUUGUGAUGAUUAUAACUUAAUGGGAUUUGAACCGCAUUUUAUAGGUUUCAAAUCAAAAAUGGCUUCAAACUCAAAGCGUCUCAAAUUAUGCUCACACAAUGAAGACAGGAUCAGUGCGUUGCCAGAUGCAAUUCUUUGCCACAUUCUUUCUUUCUUUUCAAUCAGACAGGCGAAAAAUAUUAAUUCCGUUACUCCCCCCUCACAUUGUUUCCCCUGUCUCAAGUUGCUACAUGUUACAUUUUGGUUUCCUUAUCCUCACACAGUGGAGAAGCUGUUUUCUUCUUUCCCUGUACUUGAAGAUCUUAUUAUAGAUGGAGAAGAUUCAGAUGCAUCAGCUUUCAACUUGUUAUAUCUGCACCCAAAUUUGGAACAUCUCAAGAUAUUAUCAAAAAGGGAACACCUGUAUGUCAAUCCCUGGCUAGGUGGCUGCUCCUAAUUAUUGAAGUGAUGGUAUUUACCACCUAAUCUGUGAGGAGCUUCAAGAGUUGCUUUGCCUAUUUAUGUGACUUAAUAUGUUUGUUCAGAGGAAAGUCUGGGACUGUUUUCACUUGGAUCACAGUUUGAAAUUUCACUACAACAAAUAGUUAUAUAUAUUUUUUUUUUUGAAAAAAAUAGUUAUAAAAUAUAUGAGUGCAUGGAAACUACGAUCAUAGACAUACAUCUAAUUUGCAACAGAUCCUCAGAAAGCGACUAUAAUUUGUAUUAUGUAUGGAGAGUACAAAUUAUUUAAAUGUAUAUGUAAUUUAUACAUGUAUCAGAGACCUACAUCAAGCAUGCAACAUCAUCAUUUUACUUCAGCAACUGUGGAUUGUGUUUAGGAUUUGCUUGCUUAGUAACUGUGGAUUGUGUUUUGUUCUCAUUCAGCAAUAACUCAAGCACUAUAUGGUGUUUUGUCAGUGUACAAGAUAUACUUACUGCAUUGCUGGUUCACUCUCAGAUAAGUGGCAAAGUGACUCAACAUCAAAUGUACGUUUUGGAGCUGUUUUAGAGAAGUAAUAUAGAGUAGUUUUAUUUUAUCAUUAUUAUUUGUAUUCUAUUAAGAUUUGUAUCACAGUACACAAGUUAGGAAACUUGUUGGCAGAGACAAUGCAGUAUGUGUAAUUUUAUGAACGCCACAAUGUAUUUAGAUUGUUUUGAAAUUAUUAAUGAAAAUUAUGACUUAU